AUGGCUGUGCACAAGUGGACACGUCAGGAAAAGUUCAAGCGUGGUGUUUGGGCUGUCGCUUUUGCAGCAUGCAUUUUUGCUGGAACUAUUACCGGCGCGCAGCUAAAGACGGACAACGAGAAGAAGGAGGCAGGCAAUUCAAGAAUUCCGGGCCACGUCCCCUAA